CCAGCGACGACGACGACGACGCGUGUCACGAAGAAGCCAGAAGAACGUGGUGAAAGGACCCGACGCCUUCCAGCACGUUCCAGUUGGGGAGCAGACUCCAUCGAGAAGCCGGUCCGGGAUGACAUGGUCGGGAGUUGGUCGACGUCGCGAUUGCAGCAGCCUUAUUGCGUCGUGGCUGUUGAACUUUUCCUGAAGGCUCGGUGAACGUUCCGGAAGAGUUUUGAAAGUUGUUUCGUGGAAAUCUGUGUAAAAUUUGUGUCGACGUCCCGUGACAAAUUCCGGUGUGAAAAGUGUCAUCCCUCAGCUCCGGUUGGGCCUCCCCCGUUCAACCCCCUCAGCUAUCCGACGAUAUUCUCUAGAACUUGAGAGAAGCUCUGGCGUAGACUUAAUUGCAUCAGCCUGACGUGUUUGACGAGUGUUUGCUAAACGACUCAGAAGCAAACCAGAAGUGGUGUGGAAAAAGUGCUUCAAAAGUGGUGUAAUUUAAUUGAAAAUCUUAAAAAUCUACAACACUACAGUGAAACCAGCAAAGUACAGGCCAAAAGUUGUUUUCUUUAAAACUUGUUGUUUUUGUUACCUUUAGCCGGAUUAGUUCGGCUUGGAGUCCUUUCCAGAGAGGAUUAAACAGCACCACCUCGCACCCCCUGGGGGUGUAACCGGCAAAAAGGAAAAUCGAGCGAAAAUUUUGCCCCCCAGCGAAGCAAUCGUAUCUGACCACCUACCGGAAUAACGACAAAAUGUCCGACCAGACCACAGGUCGGCAGCUGCAGCGGAUCCUGCACUACUCGGUGACGCCGUGCCGGCCGCUGCUCGGCCUGCGCCGCUCCGAAUGUGCCCUGUACGACGUCGACUGUGACGAGGUGUACCCGCGGCUGUACAUUGGGGAUGCGGCCUCGGCGCGAAACAAGCAGUAUUUGCGGCUGAUUGGCGUUACACACGUGCUCAACACGGCCGAGGGCACGCGGUUCGGCCAGGUGGACACCGGUCACAGCUUCUACCGGGACAUGUCCGGGGUUAGUUGCACUUUCAGGUACAUGGGCUUCCCGAUGGUGGACCAGCCGACGACGGACAUCAGCCGGUACUUUUACAUCGCGUCCAAGUUCAUCGAGAACGGCAUCAACAGCGGGGGCAAAGUCCUCGUCCACUGCAUGAUGGGCAUGUCGCGGUCGGCGACGUGCGUCCUGGCCUACCUGAUGAUCGCCCGCAAGAUGUCCGCCGCGGAGGCAAUCCGGACCGUCCGGAUGCACCGCGACAUCCGGCCCAACGAGGGCUUCCUGCAGCAGCUGGCCGACCUGGACAACGAGCUGCGGCGCGACCGGAUGUACUAUUGACUCGAGUGUGGCCAACGCUUCCGGAGGAAAUAGCGCUCGGUGACCAACUGAAUUCGUUCGUCCCAUUUUCCCCCUAACCUUCCUUCCCUAACCUGUGAAAAAGGGGUUUUCUGUUUUUUUCCCUGACAUGGUCACGUAACAUUUUUAAACAUUUAAUCAAAAACUCACGUAAAAAUACGCGGUGAUUCGUUGCUGAGAUACAAGGUCAAAGGCUCGAGGCUCUAGAUUAAGGGAAAGAGAUUGUUAGUAGAGAAUGUUACUAGUGAAGAGAUAAAGUGUAACGAUCUCAGCUGAAGGAAAACAAAGGAAUCAGAUUCACUACCCCUCUAUAUAUUUAUACAUAUUGUUAACGUGAUUUAUUUUACUUUAUCGGAAUACAACACAACGUCCUUUUGAAGGAAAGGGGACACAAAACUCAUCACAUGGCAAUGAAUAGAAAUUUAUCGCAAGAAACGAAACAUAACGGGCACACAUCACAUGAACAAAAAGGCAGACAGUCACUCUGAAAGGGUGGCAAUUUUUCAUCGGAGCUGAAUCCAUUCAAUUGACAGACUUUCAGACUGUUUGGCGAAUAAUAAGCCCCGAUGAAAGGUUACCUCCCCCCAAGCCGCAGAUGGUAGUAUUUUAUCGAUUUCAGACAGUCACACAUGUCUGAGUUGUUACGUCGAAUGCUAUAAUUUAUAGUACGCACCAACCCCCCCAUAACCUUGCACCAGAUUCACCAUUUCGUGCACAACAUUACGACAGUUACGAUUAUAGAGAGAAUGAACACAUAUUUUGGUACAACUAUCAACUCUUCCUUCGAGAAGAUCCGAACAAUUUCCAGGAAAUCUAACCCGAUCAAAAAAUCAUAGUUACAAUAAAACGGUAGAAAGCACAGAGUUUAGUCAACAGCAGAAGGUAUUCACAAAAGUAUAUAUUUUUAAAAACAAGUAAACAAAAAGUGCUGAAGUCUGAGGACGAACCAAAGUUUCAAGUUUUGCUGUUAUCUCGGUUUGAAACCACACCAGUGUAGCAAUGUUUAGUGAAGAGAGGACAAAUUCGAGCGUCGUAGCACACCAACAUAUAUAUUACAUUAUAUAUAAAUUAUACUAUACUAUUUGAAGCAAAAGUGAGAGAUUUAACAACAAACGACACAUACACAAACACACAUAAACACACACAAUAAACACUAGAAA